GAGUAUAUAUAGUACAAUACUUACUUUAAAAUUGUAUGUGCGCUAGGACUCUUCAAACAAACACAGUAUUAUACGGAUUGGUUUUAAAGAUAACACAAUGGAUAUAUUUAAAAGUUAUACAUUUUCGCGAAUAUUUAUUUAAUUGACAGUUCUGGUAGCGUCGAUUACCGAUCACAUACCUGCAGUGUCUGACGGUUCCAAGCCCGUAAAAAGGGGAGGACCACAAACAUUGCUGGUAACCCUGCCAGACAUUGUAAGCAGGAACCAAGCCAGGAUAUAGGAUAAUUAAAGGCAAAAGAAGCAAACCGCAGUCCCUUUCUUUCUUUUUUUUUAAAAAGAUGGUAUUUGACUGCACGUUAAAAGGAAGGACAUUGAGAUGGCUUACGUUUGGAUUGCUGCUCUUAUGUAUUUGCCUGACAUUCAUUCUCCUCGGUAUGGUUUUGGGAUGGUAUUUUAAACAUCGGACCCCUUUACCAUUCGAGUCCAACAAGCACUGUUUGGCAUGCGAUGACCUCCAACCACGGCUAUAUAACUCUCUAGCCACAGAUAAAGACAUAAAUGCACUAAGGCAAAGACUUAACACUUCACAAUGUUGCGGCGCUUUCAGCAAUGUUAUGCAGCUUCUAAUUAAAAAGGAAGUUUCAUUGCAGUUCUACCAGACCAGCACAUCAGAUUCAAAUAUUAUUGGGGAAUCGUUUAUCAAAGACUGUGAUUUGGAAGUCGACAUCAAAUCACCAAAAGCUAAACUGGUCGGCGUUGUAAAUAGCGUUCCAAGUUUUUUAGUUCAAGGCCAUUCAAAACUUCGAUGGAAUAAAAACAGUCGCACCUUCACUGCGAACAACUGCAUUCAUCUUGAACUUGAAGGGGAAAUCUUCAUCAAAACACCAGGCUACUAUAUGGUAUCUUCAACGCUAAAUAUUAAUGCCACGAGAAGUAACAAUACAGCAACAUUCAGUCACAAUGUCAACAUAUUCUCUCAUAAAUUUGGAACAACUGGUGUACUUAUGCAGCGGCAACGAUCCAUCAAAGAAUCAGGCAACGGUGUUUUUACAAGUUAUAUGUCUGCGGUUUUUAAGCUACAUAUGUAUGAUAGGAUAUCUGUUUCAGUCAGCCACCCAGACUAUAUAGCUAUCGACUCAUCAACUGACAAUUUCAUUGCAUACUAUACGUAUGAUUUUUACUAAUGUACUGAAAUUCAAUCAUGUAUCCAGUUCUAGGGAUUAAUAAAGUGCAAAUCGUGGAAAUUAUAAAACAAAAUGGAAGUUUAAUUAAAAAGUAUUUUUGUAUAACCGAAUGUUAAUAAUCUUGUCUGGUUAUUGGUGAAUAACAGUUUUGUUAUGAAGGCUGGAAUAUUUCCAUUUUUCACUAUUUGAGUUGACAGAUGCCUUUUUUCAGUUUUAGCUAAAUGUUGAGCUUACAAUAAGGGUCUUAAAUAAAUGUUAUUCUGACUUCUAUCAGUGAGAAAGAAUGAAGUAGCAUAUUUCACAUAGAAUUGUGGUUGCAUAUUAUCCUCUUUAUUUUCUAUUUACGUGUAAAUGUAUUUUUCAUUUGUGAUAUUUAUCUUGACCAGAAUUGAGUAAGAUACGGGCAAUUAACAGGAAAGUGAUGACAGUGAUAAAAUAUUUCACUUUCCAAGAUAUUCAAGCGAAUUCAGGUGUUAACUUUUUAAAUUUUAUAAGCGAAAUGGAAAACUAUGAUCGCCAGUUGAUUGACGGGGUAAAGUUUCAUCACAGUACUUAUGUAUAAAAGGUUUUUGAGAUAGGGAAUAAGGAAACAUUAUAUAUAUAUCUGUUGUAUUCAUCUAGUAACUAAUGGCCGUGGCUUAUCAUUGAUGUUUUUACCAUAGUGGUAAUUGACUUUGUUGAUUUCAGAUAUAUAACAAAUGUAAGAAACAGCUGCUGCUAUUGUGUUUACCUCUAAAUUCCAGUUGCUUUCUACGUUUAAAUUUUGCAUAAUUCUUUUCACAUCUAUUUGUCCAGAUAUUGAAAUCAUACCGUUGAUAAACGACAACGCUGUUUUUACAAGUUAUAUAUCCGCGGUUUUUAAGUUACAUAUGUACAAUAGGAGCCCUGUUCCUGUCAGCGGUUAUAUGAUCUAAAUAUAUUUUUGUAUACAUUGUAUAUCAUUGUAUUUAUUUAUGUAUUUAAUGUGUAUCAUGACAUUUUGAAUAUUUGAGAGGUGCAGUGUUUUAUGUAAUAUGUUAAAUAGUAUUAUACAAUAGGUCAGUCAGACUAAAUGAAAAUUACGACAACGAGUGCUUUAUUGUGUGAGUUGCGCAAGGCAACUAUUUAGUACAAUGUUUUUUUAUGAUUUGUUGUACAUAAGUUAGUUUAUGGCUUGUGUGAAAUUAUAUCUGCAUUGCCAUUUCUUCAAAGCAGAUGGUUAUUGUAUGUUUAAUGUACUGUAUAUACCUUUUUUUGAUGCACGCACCGUCUAUACCUUAAUAAUGUCACGAUAGACACUCUAUACCAAAAUUAUGUAUACACCGUCUUUACCUUAUUGAUGCAUAGACCGUCUAUACCUUAAUAAUGUAUAAUUUAUAUUGUAUUAUGAUAUUAUGACUAUUUGCUAUUUUUUUAACUCAUUGUUAUAUAUUUUGCUUAUUAUGCGUUACAUAUGCGGUAUUGUUCGACGUACAUUGUCUAAUAAUUGUAUCUAUAUGUUAGAAUAAAUUUAUAUGUUGUGUGUGGAGAUGUAUAUAUUCAGAGACUGGUAAGCUGUUAGUAUGCCAAUAAUGUUUCCUUUCGAAAUAACAUUUAUGAAAUAAAGAAUGUUAGAUUCUGGAUAAUCCAUGCUAUACAUUUAGCCAAACUGGAUUUAAUCUCUUGGGAAGUUUGGUGUCAAUAAAUUGGAAAAAUAACUAU